ACUCUAACCCUUUCUCUAUAAGGAAACCAAUCAUUCAAACCCCCAAUCAUGAAUCACUCAUCUUCCCAUAUCCACAACACCUCCACACAAAAACAACAUAAACACACUACCAAAAGACUAACCGAAGAUCAGGUGAGAUUGCUCGAGUCCAAUUUUGACUCGAGCAAAAAACUUGAGCCUGAGCGAAAACAACAACUUUCGCACCAGCUCGGUAUCCCUCCCAGACAAAUAGUUAUCUGGUAUCAAAACAAACGGGCCCGUUGGAAAAAUCAAAGCCUGGAGCAUGACUACUCCAGGCUUCAACUCCAAUUAGAGGCCACGUUAGUUGAGACCAAACGCCUUCAAAAAGAAGUUGAGAAACUCCGAACAGAGCUUAACAAAGUACAAGCACAACAAGUGCAACAAGCACGACACCAUAAGUAUUAUAACAACAACCAUCGACCUCCCAUGGAUUAUUCAAACUUUGUAUGUGGCGAGGAAGUUGGGAGUUCAUCGAUAAGCUUAGAAGACAACGUGAACAAUCUAUAUCAUUAUGGUGACCAAGUUUUCGAAGUAGAGGAGAUGUAUGCUGCUUCGUGUAUGAUGGGUUAUGAUCUUAGACUUGAUGGGUCGGAAAGAAACUCAUUUUAGAUAUACUAGUCAUGGUUUACACUUUACCAAGUCGACUACAAGCAUUUUAAUUAUCCCUUUAAUAGUUGCAUUAUAUGUAACGAUCUUACAACAUUCGUGUUAAGUUGAACCCAUCAUCGUGCGUUUUGUGUAAAUGUGUG